AUGCCGUUUCAUCCAAAAUCUAUUGUUGUUACUGGUUCAAAUCGAGGAAUCGGAUUUGGACUUGUUCAAAAUUUUUUGAAAGAUCCUCAAGUGGAAAAAGUUAUUGCGACUGCGAGAAAUGUGGAAAAUGCCGAGGUUUGAUAUUUUACUUGAAGAAUUUGUUGUGACUUGAAUUUUUCAGAAACUGAAAGAAAUCAAAGAUUCUCGUCUUCAUAUUCUUCCACUUGAUAUCACAUCAGAUUCUUCAAUCAAUGAAUUUAUUGAAAAAUUAUCUGAAAAAGUUGGAGAUUCUGGUGUUGAUUUGCUUGUUAAUAAUGCUGCUGUUCUCAUUCCAUAUACAACAACACAAACACCAAAUCGUCGAAUUAUUCAAGAACUUUUCGAGGUCAAUACAAUUAGUGUGGUUAUUUUGACUCAGAAAAUGUUUCCAUUGUUGGAAAAAUCAAAACAAUCUCAUUCUGGAAUUGUGACAAUUACAUCGGAAAUGUUAGGAUCAAUUGAAUUGAAUACAACUGGAUCGGGAAGACAUGAAGCAAUGGCUUAUCGAAUGACUAAGGUGAGCAAUUAAAUUUCGAUUUUAUAUUUGAAAAAAUGGUUUUUUAGUUAUAUCUUCAAAAAAUUUUGGUUCAAAACAAUUUGAAAAUUUUCUAAAAAAUUUAAAAAAAAAUGUGAUUUUUCAGACCGCAAUCAAUCAAUUCAUUAAAACAAUCUCGAUUGAUUUGAAAAAUGCAAAUUCUCGAAUUUUUUCAAUCGGAAUUUGUCCAGGUUGGGUUCAAACUGAUAUGGGAGGAACUGAUGGAAAAUUGACAAUUGAUGAAUCAACUUCUCAAAUUGUUUCAAGUAUCAAUAAUUUGGAACCCGAAACACAUAAUGGUGGAUAUUUUAGAAGAGAUUUGACUAAAAUUCCAUAUUGA